GAUUGGUUCCUAUCUACCUAUGUUCUGGCAUUUAUGUGUAAAAAGAUGCAAAACUUCUAUUUAUGGAAGUAAAAAUAUAUGUAGGCCUGGCCUAAAAGAGGAAGUUUAACCUCAACAAAGUGACACAGAGCUUGAUAAUGACAAAGGCCAUGCCACUAGUUAUUUCAUCAUUUCUGAAACUAGAAGUAGUAUCAGAAACAAGAUAGAAGCUCAGUUCUAGGCAACUGCAUCGAAUGACCGACCCUUUUCUUGAAAGAAGAAGAUAGCAUGGGAGAAAAUUCCUCCAAACAGGAAAAGAAAAUUGGACACAGUGCCCCCUCCACAACAGCCUUCACAAUUACCUCUGCACCUGACAGCCCUGCAUUGAAGGAGUCAGAGAAUUACCUCACCAAACAUUUGAUCUUAGCCUUUUUUGUUGGGAUUCUACUGACACUGCUGCUUGUGCUUCUUGUCUUCCUCAUCAUAAAGAGCUACAAAAAAUAUCAUGCCCAGGUCCAGGCUCUAGAUCCUCAAUACAUUGAUCCUCCAGCCAAGCUCUCCUCUCCCGAAGACGACACACUUACUUACAUCAAAAUUUCACAGGAGAGCAGCAAGUACGUCACUGCAAAACAUCCUGCAGACUCGGAGCCCAUCAUUUAUUCUCAGAUUAAAGUGUCCAGCUCACCCAGCCUUUUCAAUGAGGCAUGAAUCCAGCCCCUCUCCUCUGAGCUCCAUCUUCAUGCAUCACUUUUCCUUUCAGCAAGUUUUGGGCCACAGCCUAGAUGAAGCUGAUAUUGGAGUUGUUUGGGUGUGAUUAGGUGACUAACCAACCGUUUUGAAGAGUAUGGUUAGUCUCUUCUCUGGCCUUCUCCCUUGAUUUCAAUGUGUCAUCCUUCUGGGGGCCAAGACUCACAUACACUACUAAGAGGGAGAGUGAGUAGACACUAUUAUGGAAAGCAAUGUAAUGACAACUAACUGCAUUUUUAUUUCUAUUUCUAAAAAUUAUCUAUUUAGACAUAUGGAAAGUCACCUAUGUAAUUUCAGUAGUGACAUUCAUCACAUUGGCUAACACUUAGUGAGGCUUGUUAUAUUCAGGCACUAUUCUAAGUGCUUGGCCUCCAUGAUCCUGUGAUGCAAAUAUGAAAUAUGGACGGAUGUGGUCUUCUCUUUCUGGCAACCAAAAACUAAGUACUAAGUGUGAGCAUAAGGAUGUCUUUUGUAAGGCUAAUUAGACAAUUUUGGGAACUCACCUAUGGAUAGAGGUUGGUUGCCAGAGGAGGAAGGGAAGUGUGAUCCCACUCUCCUGCCCUCUCCAAAGUGGAGAGGGGCUGAAGACUGAAUGAGUUGCAAAGGGCAAAUGAGUUCAUCAAUCAUGCCCAAGUAAUGAAGAAGAGAGGAAGAAGAAGGAGAAGAAGAAGGAGAAGGUGACGGAAAAGGAGAGGAGGAGGAGGAGGAGAAGGAGGAGGGGGAGAAGAAGAAGGAGAAGAAGAAGGAGAAAGAAUCAGGGGUCAGGUGGUAUCACAGCAGGUUAAGCGCAAAGCACAAGGACUGGCAUUAAUGAUCCCAGUUCAAGCCCUUGGCUUGGGGCUUCCCACUUGCAGGGGAGUUGCUUCACAGACAGUGAAGCAGGUCUGCAGGUGUCUAUCUUUCUCUCCCCCUCUCUGUCUAUCCAUUUCUCUCUGUCCUAUCCGACAGCGAACGACAUCAACAACAACAAUAAUAACCACAAGACUACAUCAACAAGGGCAACAAAAAGGGGGGAAAAUGGCCUUCAGGAGCAAUGGAUUCAUGGUGCAGGCACUGAGCUCCAGAAAUAACCCUGGAGGCAAAAAAAAAAAAAAAGAAAGAAAGAAAGAAAGAAAGGAGAAAGAAGGGCUCCAAAUAACUUUCUAUACCCUGUCCCUGUACUUGCCCCCUAAAUCGCUUUCAUCUAGGUAGUCCAGCGUUAUAUCCUUUUAUAAUAAUACAUUGCUUCUUUUGAGUUAUGAGAAACUAACAAAUUACUUGCAUUGAAAUGUCCAAUCUAUGGGGGCUAGGUUGUGGCACACCUGGUUAAGCACACUCAUUACCAUGAUGCAUUGGAUCGACCUUCCCGUGGUGCAUCCCGUGAGUACCCAUUCAUUGGGGAAACUGACGAUCCUUCCUAGCCGACUGAAUCCACAUGGAUCCCAGUCACUUUCAAAGCCAUUAACUGGCUAUGGAAGAAGGGCAAACGUUAGAAGAAGAAGAACCAUGUAUACGGAUCUGCUUCCCCACCUGCUGGGUAGAUGCUUCAGGAGCAAGUGGUGAAGAGGGCCUGCAGAUGUCUGUCUUUAUCUUUCUCUCUCCCUCUCUAUAUUUCCCUCCUCUCUCUGUCCUAUCCAAUCAAAGAAAAAGAAAAAGAAAAAGAAAAGGAAAGGUCUCCAGGAGCCAUGGACUCAUAGUGCCUGCACCAAACCCCAGCAAUAACCAUGGUGCAAAAAAAAAAAAAUCUAUGUCCUGUAGGUGGUGAUUACAGACAGACUAUGACCCACAUAGUCAACGACUUCCACCUCUCCAGAUUCAAAGGAGGUCUUGAAACUACAUCAGGCUUAACCUGACGCUGUUGACUGGCUAUGGAAGAAGGGCAAACGCUAGAAGAAGAAGUAUAGAUAUCAGCCCAGACUUGUGGAUGGAUGGCUUCUGCAGGGAAGGGGGUGGGUUGGAAGUCUUGUAGAACUGUGGGUUCUGAUGUUGUCUUUGAGUGGAGGGUCUCAGAACUACGUUGAGAUGCAGGGCAUCUCAACUGGCAUUAGAAUUGUUUCUUGGUGUGGCAACACUCCCACCAUGACUGUGGACUUGGUAACCAGGACUUUAGAGCAUGGGUUCGUGGAAUUCUCAUAUAAUACUAUAAGAUUAUGUUUAUUCUUAUUCUUGUUUUAGAUGCAGAAACAGAAGCUCAGAGAGGUUAGUUAACUUGCCUAAGUUCACACUGCUAGUAAGCAGUUGCACCGGGACUCAAACAAAGUGGAAUGGUCCCAGACUUUGCACAUUUAUCCAUGAUGGCCAACUCUGAAAUCCCAGGCAAAGAGCCAGAAAGCCCUCAAUGCAGCUUGUAGCUCAUGAAGUGGCAUAGUGGCUAAAACACUGGACUUUCAAACACGAGGGCCUAAAUUUGAUCUUUGGUAUUGCAAGUGAAAAUUUCUGAAUAGAAUUUAUGUACAGUAGAGACUGUGAGGGCCAAGGAACCUAGUAAGCAUGCCUCCAUUUGUGUAUAUUUAGUAUAUCUCUGAAAUUUUAUAGCACAGGGGUGAAGGGCGAGAUGAGAAAAGGUAUGAUGUUCUAUAAAAGACCUGCUUGUGGGGUCAGGAGAUAGCUUACCUGAUAGAGCACAUGCCUUUUCCUGCACAAAGCCUCAGAAUUAAACCCCAGCACCACAUGAGAGCACUACAGCACUAGGGAAAGCACCAGGAGAAGCAGUAGUUUUGUCUUUCUUCUCUCUUUAAGACUACAAAAUAAAAAUUAGAUUGGAUAGGCAACUCAGUGGUAACAUACAUUAUGAGUAUCUCUCCCCCUUCUUAAACUUUCUUCUUGCCUGUUUCUCUAUAUAUUUGAUUUACUUAUAUAAUAACAAAGAAUGGAAAAGCUGGUCUGGGAACAUGCACCAGGUCUUGGAACCACAGAAAAUUAAUAAUAAUAAAAAUUACAAUUCUUCAUUCACCGUGUUGAAGAUCUUCAGGAGGCUGAGGUAGUACUUUUUUCCACUUAAACCAAAUAAGAAAUAAAAAGAACUGGUUCCGCAGGUAGCACAGUGGCUAUAGAGUUGGACAUAAGAGCAUGAGGUCCUUAGUUUGAUGCCUGAUGUCACAAGUAUCAGAGUGAUGUUCUGGUUCUUUCUCUCUUGUUAAUUAAUAAAUAUUUUUUUAAAAGCAAUAAAGAAGACUCAAUAGUUAGAGAACACAAUUUCAUAUGUUUAAUUAAUUAAUUAAUUAUUAGAUAAAGAUAGAAAUUGAGAGGGGAGGGGAGGUAGAGAGAAGGAGAGAGACAGAGAUGCAGCCCUGCUUCAACACUCUUGAAGCUUUUCCCUUACACAGUUUACACUGGGGAAUACAGCAUAUACUACAGAUACAGAGAAGCAGGCUCAAGCUUACCAAGAGCUGCACCCAGGCAAGCCCCUCACUUCCCCAUAGCCAACACAGGGCUCUGCUUCUUGCCAGGGAUGAGAGCGGAGAUCAUGUACUCUUUGAAAACUGGACUCAAAAAGUUUUAACAAGAAGAGAAAGGACAUGGUACAUAGGGUCAUAGAGCUGGUGCUUAACCCCCACUCACAUAUAAGACAGAUGGUUCUACCUCUGGUGGGUCAGCUCUGGUGUUUGUUGCCCUAGUGGAGCUCAGUACACAGGGCAGAAAGCAAGACUGAGAGGGAAGCAGAUCCCAUGGACUUUAAAAAGAGAUCUGUAGAGAUGCAGCCCCACCCGACCCCCCGCCACCACCACCACCACCACUUGGUGGUUAGGAUCUUGUGCACAUUAAGUGCUAUUGUUCUGGGUCACUUUUUCAUUUAGACAGAGAGAGACAGAGAGAAGGAGAGACACCGGGGUCGGGCGGUAGCGCAGAAAGUUAAGCGCACAUGGUGCAAAGCACAAAGACCGGUGUAAGGAUCCUGGUUUCAGCCCCCGGCUCCCCACCUGCAGCAGGGUGGCUUCACAAGCAGUGAAGCAGGUCUGCUGGUGUCUUUCUCUCCCUCCCUCUGUCUCCCCUCCUCUCUUGAUUUCUCUCGGUUCUAUCAAACAGCAAUGACAUCAAUAAUAAUAACCACAAUAAUAAUAACCACAAUGAUAAAACAAGGGCAACAAAAGGAAAAAAGAGAGAGAAGGAGAGACACUGCAGUACCAGACCAUCCUCAACUGCAGUAGUACUUCCCAUAUUACACCAGGACUUAAACCUGGGUCACAUGCAUCCAAGGCAAAUGCCCUUCCAGAUAAACUAUCUCUCUGACCCAUAAAUCUCUUCUUUAAAUAUAAUAGACAUUUUUGAAAAAAUAAGCCUAAGAAAAUGAAAGGUCAAGGAUAUCAAACAGCCAUGUACCUCACAGCAUUUCUGUUAGCACAGGCCCUCUAUAGCACAAUGCCCCCCUAAUUCCUAGUGCCUCAUUGCCAACAUGACAGCUUGGGAUUUGAUAUUGGCAGCAUCCUCCAGUCUUGCUCACUGUGUAUCUUAAUAUCGUUUCCUUUUCUGACUGAUUUAAGCUUGUGUUGUAUGGUUUAGCAUGGUCUCUGGUGUACAGAAGCUACCGAUUAUGUAAUAUCAGCAUAUCAAACAACUUCCUUGCUGGAGCACUUCCCAGAGUGCCAACCCAUUAUUAAGCAUCCAAAGCCUGAAAUUAACCCAAUGUUACCGGCUCCUAAGUGCCAGAAGAAAGCAAGUGGAGUCCUCUGACUUCAGAUUCCUUCAAUCUUUGCUUCAGAGUAAGCUGUCCCCAAGCCUGUAGUAGUAAAGAAACCAGAAUGGUGCUGGGAUGAGAGAGCAUGGUGUGUUCAUUCCAGUACCCAGAAGCUGCUCCAACUAGCUAGAGUUUGAGCAGCAAAUAGGAGCAGACAGACUGAUAAAGGGCAGGCACGAAGGCCUAGAAAAAGAUGGUGUAGGCAAUUGAGUUAAGAUGCCAUAACACGGUUGAGCCCCAUCAGGGCAGCAGCGCCCCAGAAAUGCUCCUCUCCCAGAGGGCUGAGUGUGGGUGGCACCCAUAGUGAAGUGUGCUAGUACCCACUUCUAGGCUCACAUUAAAUAAUUUGACCAGCUCAAAAGCCCCAAGUCACAGCCCCUUUCCAGUUUAAAGUCAGUGCUUCAUAAACAACUACGGAAGGUGGGCCAAGGCCAGCAAUAUUGAAGUGCCAUUCAUGAAGUACCAGACUGAAUGCCCUUCCGUCUAUUUUCCUGGAAUAUAUAUAUUCCAUAUAAAUAAAAUUUAUUUAUUCAACUACCUCGGUUAUUACUGGGGCUUGAUGCCUGCAUGAUAAUAUCUUGCUCCCAGAGGCUAUUAUUAUUAUUAUUAUUAUUAUUACUACUAUUACCUUUUUCUCCCCUUUUAUUUUAUUGGAAAGGGAGAAGUACAGAGGGGAGGGAGUGAGAAUGAGAGAAAGAAAGAGAGACACCUGCAGCAAUGUUUGUUUCUUGUGAAUCUCUCACCCUGCAAAUGGAGACCUGGGUCUUCAUGCAUGAUAACAUGCACUCAACAAACAUGCACCACCACCUGGCCCUGAAACUUAGCAUUUUAAACAGGAUAGCUUUGUUUGCAAAGGAUUUUUUUGUUGUUGUUGCUUUGUGGAUAAUCUUGCUGAAGAAUAACAUAAGUAAAUUGUUACCUGUCCAUUCCAAAGGUCUUUGCUAGGGAAGGGGAAAAGGACUCUUCAGUCCCAGAUCAUGACAUCAGAAUAAGCCUGUAGUAUUCUCUAAGGAAACAGUUUUCCAGAUAGGUAAAUGUGAAUUUUCUGUGAUAUCUAGAGGUGUCCUCUUUUGUCGUGGAGGAACGAUGCCAGUCAAUUUACCUUGUGUGGUCAGAGGUCAAAGUGUAGCUCAGACAACUGCCUUGUGCAGGACUGGUGGACUAGUGGCUCCUUUAUGGAAAUGUAAUGCAGGGUCCUAGGGGAGGGUCUGGCAUUACUUUGUGGCUAAGGGGAAGGACAGAACUUCUGAGACCCCGGGAGAUAAGGGACUGGUUCUAUGGAAGCAUGGGAAGUGGCAGGUAUCCACAACUCCCUUGUGGUCAUGGUGCUAAUGAGUAGUUUGAAGUUCUUUACCCCUGGAGAGGGGGGUAAUGAUGGAGGAACCAAGUGAAUGGCCCAGGAGGUAGCACAAUGGGUAAGGCAUUAGAAGAUGACUGGCUAAAGAAGUUAUGGGAUAUAUAGUCCAUGGUAUGCUACUCUGAAAAAAAAAAAAAGAAAAGAAAAAAAGAUGAUAUUGUGUCAUUUUGGACCAAAUGGAUGGAACUGGAGGUGAUUAUACUUAGCAAAAUAAGAAAAAGCAUGAAAGAUAAUUACUGAUGGUUUCACUCACAUGUGGAAUCUAGAGAACUGAUCUGAUAUGGGGCAGGGGUAGAUAACAUAAUAGUUAUGCAAAGAGACACUCCUGCCUGAGGCUCUCAGGUCCCAGGUUCAACCCCAGCAUCAACAUUAGCCAGAACUAAGCAGUGCUCUGGUAUAAAUAAAUAAAUAAAUAAAUAAAUAAAUAAAUCUGAUAUAUAUGAAGCUGCAAAAAAAAAAAAAACUGAAGCAAGCAAACUUGUUUCUAGACUUGUGAGAACUACAAUGGUUAUCUUUGGGAGAUGAAAGAUGAUGAUACAGAACUUUGGUGGUGGGUAUGAUGUGGAACAAUACAUUCUAAUCUUAAAAUAUUGUAUCCCACUAUUAAUCACAUACAAAAAAUUGGUAAAAUAAGUCAUUAGACUUGCAGGUCUUAAGUUCAAUCUCUAGCACUGCAUGUGCCAAAGUAACACUUUGAUUCUCAUUCUUUCUGUUUGCCUCUCCCUUUGCCUUUCCUUCUGCUUUUCCCUCUCUCCUCUCCUUCUCUUCUUCUCUUCUCUAUUUCUCUCUCUCCUCCCUCUCUCCUUUUCUCUGUUGUCCCCUUCCUAAUGAACAAAAGCAAGACUGUAAGAUCCUGGGCCUAAACACAUAGGGCAUAUGUAGAAUCAGAUCAUGAUUCUAUCUGCCUGCCUGCCCCAGACCAGUAGGCCACUUAAGCUUCCUGAGGUCCAGGACUAGCCAACAACCAUUAGAAAAGAACAGAAGAACUGGGCUGUUAGGAGGGCAACAGGGCAGUGACUCUCAGACACUAGGUAAGGACAGAGGGAGCAGACAUGCCACUGUGAGCUACAAAUUUCUGUAAAUUUGGUCUUAAUAUAAUAUAACCUCACUGACACCCAAAACUGCUGUCAUCUCAGUCUUUUUUCUUUUUGGGGGGGGAUUAAUGGUUUACAAUCAACUGUAAAAUACAGUAGUUUGUACCCAUGUAACAUUUUAUCAGUUUUCCAUAUAACAAUUGCAGUACACCAAAUCCAGUCCAAGUUCUGCUUUGUGUUUUCUUAUUUUUAAACUUGAUUUUUAUUAGUAGUAAUUUAAUAGUGAUCGACAAAGAUUGUGGGAUAAGAAGGGAUACAAUUCAUGCAAUUCCCACCACCAGAGUGUUAUAUCCCAUCCCCUCUAUUGGAAGCCUCCUUAUUCUUUAUCCCUCUGGGAGUAUGAACCACAGAUCUCUAUGGGGCACAGAAGGUCAGAGGUCUGGCUUCUGUAAUUGCUUCUUUGCUGAACAUGGGCAUUGAUAGGUCGAUUCAUAUCCCCAGCCUGCCUCUACCUUUCUCUAGUGGGGUAGUGGGGAGGUGGGGUUCCAGGACUCAUUGGUGAGUUCCUUUGCCCAGGGAAGGCAAACCAGUGUCAUGGGAGUAUUUUUCAACUUCUGUCCAUGAGUGAGCUUGUUCCAUAUUCAUCCUUCCCUUUCUGACCUAUCUCAUGUGACGAUUCCUUCAAGCUCCAUCCAAGAUGGGGUGAAAAAAGUGAAAUCAUAAUUUUUGGCUGAGUAGUAUUCCAUUGUGUAUAUAUACCACAACUUGCUCAGCCACUCAUUCAUUGUUGGACACCUGAGUUGCUUCCAGGUUUUGGCUAUUACAAACUGUGCUGCUUUGAACAUAGGUAGGUAUACACAAAUAUUUUUGGAUGGGUAUGAUUGGUUUCUUAGGAUAUAUCCCCAGGAGAGGGAUUGAAGGAUCAUAGGGUAGGUCCACUUCUAGCCCUCUGAGUUCUCCAGACUGUUCUCUAUGGGAGCUGGAUCAAUUUACAUUCCCACCAGCAGUGCAGGAGGAUUCCUUUGUCCCCACAACCUCUCCAGCAAUUGUUGCAGCUACCUUUUCUGGUGUACGGCAUUCUCACAGGAGUAAAGUGAUAUAUCAUUGUUGUCUUUAUUUGCAUUUCUCUGACAAUCAGUGACUUGCAGCAUUUUUUCACAUUUGUUAGCCUUUUGGAUCUCUUUUAUGGUGAAUAUUCUGUUCAUAGCCUCUCCCCAUUUUUGGAUGGGGUAUAGUCUUUUAAAAAUUUUUUAUUAGUUAUUUAAUAUUGAUUUAUAAAAUUACAAAAUAAAAGGGGUACAACACGACACCAUUCCCACCACCAGGGUUCUGGAUUCCCAUUUCCUCCAUUGGAAGCUACAGCAGUUCUCCUAAGGCUACAGAUAUGGGUUAACUAUUUCUACAACUAUCUGUCUAUAUUUGCCCUUCCCGCCUUCCCCCCUUGGUCCCAUCUUCUCUUCAUUUCCAAGACACACAUACACCUAUCAUUAAAUCCAUGUGUCCCUCGUCCCUCCUUUUUUCUUCUUCUAUCUCCAGAUCCUCAUGGAAUUGGAGUUCAGAGCCCUCUUCCCCUGUCAUUUCUCCCCCACUGGGAGUACGGAUCUAAAUUCUUUUGGGGAUGCAGAAGGUGGGAGUUCUGGCUUGUAUAAUUACUUCUCCACUAGAUACGAGUAUUGGCAGGUUGAUCCAUAUUCCCCAGCCUGUUUCUAUCUUUCCCUAAUGGGGUAGGGCUCUGGAGAGGUGAGGUUCUAGGACACACUGGUGAGGUUAUCUGCCCAGAAAAGUCAGAAUGGACUCAUAGCAUCUGCAACUUGGUGGCUGAAAGGUGGUAAGAUAGAAAAUAGGACAACAAGAUUAGUGAACAAAAACCAAAAAGUAACCAUAGAGCAGAUGAGACUAGGGAUCUUAGGAUGGAAGGGAGUAUGAAUUUAUUUUAGAUAUGUUCCUAGGGGCCUAUGACUAUUGUAGUUUUUGCUUCAUUUUGAUAAUAUGGAGGUGGACAGAAAUGUUGUCUGAGAAGAUGGUGUCAGAUUGAGAAAAGAGCUAGAAAGCUGGAUUAGGACAGAGAGUAGCUCCCAAUCUUGAAGAAAAUAUAUGAAUAAAAUUAACUCUUUACCCCAUCCAUCUGACCCAGGGCCCAUAUAUAUUUAACACAGGAACCUAUGUAACCUGAGUCCCUGUUGGUAUGAGUGUGCAGUUCAUGGUCACAGCUGGGACCAUUCUAGGCUGCAUUCAUUCAGGACCAGUCUUCUUUGAAUGGCUGGGUAGAAUGACCCAGACUCCCUUGGGAGAGUGGGGCAGUCCCUAUAAUUACUACUUUAUGGUAAAGGCACAGUCCUGGAGAGGUCCAUAAGAGGGUUUAUGCCUGGGACAUGGCAGCAGAGGAGGAUUUACUGGGGGUUGUAAUGUUAUGUGGAAAAUAUAUGCAUGUAGGGUGGGGUAGAUAGCAUAUUGGUUAUGCAAGGAGAUUAUUAUGCCUAAGGCUCCAAAGUCCCAGGUUCAAUUCCCUGCACCACCAAAAAGCCAGAGCUGAUUAGUACCCUGGUUAAAAAAAAAAGAAAAGAAAUAAAUGUGUACAUGUACAAACUACUGUAUUUUACUGUUGACUGUAGACCAUUAAUCCUACAAUAAAGAUUCUUGCAAUGUUAGCACCUCUUGAUCUCUUACUGAUCAAAAGCAGAAUUUGUUUAGUCUAGUGGCAGUUUCCUAUAUAAGACAAACUUCACCUAAAAAAUCCUUCUUCUAGCAUUUGCCCUUCUUCUGUAGCCAGUCAACAGCGUCAGGUUGAGCCUGAUGUAAAGUUUCGAGACCUCCUUUGAAUCUGGAGAGGUGGCAGUCGUUGACUAUGUGGGUCAUAGUCUGUCUGGAGCCGCA